AUGGUUCGGACGAUGUCGACAGCGACGAGAUCGGGUCGAGGCCUAUGCCAAGGCAGAUCACUGGAUAGCGCCGCUUCGCCUAUUGAGAGCCACUAUUGGCCUUAUUUCCCUCAUAACCGCCUGGAUCGUCUAUGUGGUGUGCUUGGCAGCAUACAACUCUCGGUUCCACCCACUGAGAAAGUAUCCGGGACCCUUCUGGGCGUCCAUCGCAUCACGACACUCUGGUACUUCCGCACGGUACGAUAUGGCAUCGCAGAGAACUGUCAGGCGCCACUCCACAAAAAGUAUGGUCCCAUCGUCCGCAUAGCUCCCGACACACUAGCGAUCCGUGAACCUUCGGCUAUCGAGACCAUAUACGGCCCAAAGCGUAAGAGCGCGCAGGUGUUCGUCAAGGCACCGUUCUAUGAAGGCUUUCGAGCCAACAUCCCUGGUGCUCGCAACGACUCCUUCCCCAAGCGCGUGGAAACGAAGCAUGCGGAGAGACGUAAGAUCCAGGCACCGUCGUACACCCAGGCAGCUGUCCUGAGCUACGAGCCCUGUGUCGAUCGAAUCGUACAGCUGUUCAAGAAUCGUAUGAGCAUGUUUGCCGAAGCGGGAGAACUUCGGCGCUACGCCUUUGACGUUCUUGGUGAGAUAUUCUUUGGUCAAGAAGGCGGGUUUGGCAUGGUAGAGAAGGGCGUUGACUGCAAUGGAUGGUGUAACACGCUGACCACGAUACCCAACAUCGGAGCAUCGAACACGUACCUUCCUUACGGUCUACGGACAGUUUGGAUGCUGGGCGAGAUUAUAUUUGGUGGCAAAUCAGCUCGUGAAGGGGUCAGUGGUACUAGCAAGCUUGUGGCUGAUUCAAAGGCUGUCGCUCAAAAACGUCUCGAUCAGAGAAACCGUGAUCCAGCUGUAGCUGAGCAGCCAGAUAUGCUCAACAAGCUCAUAGAUGUCGCUGAGAAGCGUGGGAUGGAGCUGGGCUGGAGUGUUCAUGAUGUCACGACUGAGGUCUAUGCUGUUAUCUGGGCGGGUGCAGAUACUACUGCUAUAGCCUUGACGUCGAUCUUCUACCACGUUCACAAGAACCCUGCCGUGCUUGCAAGACUCCGAACAGAGAUCGAUGCCGCUUGCGAAAAUGCUACACUUUCGGUACCCGUACAGUACAACGUGGCGAUCAAGCUGCCCUACCUCAAUGCUGUCGUCAAAGAAGGCCUUCGUAUACACCAUUCACUAGGUACGGGACUUCCACGACUGGUAGCAAAAGGCGGCGCCUCAAUUCCAGGCCGCUGGAUCCCAGGAGGUACAACCGUCAUUGUCAACGCCAAUGCCAUCCAUAUGGACAAGACGAUAUUCGGAGAGGACGCCGAUGUCUUCAAUCCGGACAGAUGGCUGGAUGGAAAGCGUGCAGCUGUUAUGGCGCGCCAUGUCAUUUCCUUCGGCUAUGGCCCGCGGAUCUGUGUUGGCAGACACAUCACGAUGGUGGAGAUGUAUAAGCUUCUUCCUACAUUACUGCGGGAGUAUCAUUUCGAGUUUAAGACGCCGGAGACGGAGUGGAAUGUAUGGCACGGGUGGUUUCAGCAUCAGCGAAAUGUCAACGUUCGGGUCAAAGAACGGACUUUGACAUGA